AUGGGGGCGGGUCGAGACAUGCGACAGCCAGAUGUGGAGAGGCGUUGUAGCAUUUGCGCGGCUGAAGGCAUCAUCAGAAGCGGCAGGCAGGUGUCGGGAGGCGUGAGCGGCUGUUUGCUGUGCGUCUGGGCGGGUGGUUUAGCCCGAGGGAGUACGUUUGGUACGGGAGAUGGGAGGCCGCCACGGAAAAUGGGUUCGGGUGUUGCGAUUGCCGUCGCAAUUGCUCUACAUGUUGUAGGGGUCGUCGAUCCGCACGACAUCAGGUUUGGGCGUCUCUCGCAGGCACGUGUCGUGAAGGGUCAUUUAGGUUGGGGCGUGUCUGAACUGGUAGGUAGUCGACCUGCAGACAGCCAGAUGUGGAGAGGCGUUGUAGCAUUUGCGCGGCUGAAGGCAUCAUCAGACGCGCUAGGCACGUAUUCGUGGUGCAGCAUGGGCGCGGGUCGAGACAUGCGAGGUAGCCGAACUACAGACAGCCAGGUGUGGAGAGGCGUUGUAGCAUUUGCGCGGCUGAAGGCAUCAUCAGACGCGCUAGGCACGUAUUUGUGGUGCAGCAUGGGCGCGGGUCGAGACAUGCGCAUUUGGACGCAUGAAGGUGUCGGGGAGGUUGAGCGUGUGUUGGAUGUGCGGCUGGGUGGGUGGUUCAGCCCAAGGGAGUACACGCCGCAGAAAGUGGGUUUGUCUGUGGCGAUUGGCGUUGCCAUUGCUCUGCGUGUUGUAGAGGUGGUCGGACUGCAGGGAUGCAGCCCAAGGGAGUACGUUUGGUAG